UCGUGACGCGGCCGCCCAGCCACCCGCCCGCGCUGAAGCUCAACACAUGCUGAGCGCCCGAGUCGUGCGGACUUCCGGUGCUGGAGAGACGACGCCGAGGAGCGCGGAGAGAUGAGGCCAGGUUUUAGCCCUCGUGGUGGAAGAGGCGGCUUUGGAGACCGAGGUGGCAGAGGUCGUGGUGGCUUUGGAGACCGAGGUGGCAGAGGUCGUGGUGGCUUUGGAGACCGAGGUGGCAGAGGUCGUGGUGGCUUUGGAGACCGAGGAGGAUUCAGAGGUGGCAGAGGUGGUGAUGGUGGGUUUCGCGGUGGACGUGGCACUCCUCGAGGUGGAAGAGGUAGAGGAGGAAGAGGUGGCUUUAGAGGGGGAAAUAAAGUAACAGUCGAGCCCCAUAGACAUGAAGGGGUGUUCAUCUGUCGUGGAAAAGAGGAUGCUUUAGUUACCAAAAACUUAGUGGUUGGUGAGUCCGUAUAUGGAGAGAAAAGAAUAAACGUUGAGGAAGGAGAAACAAAAAUUGAAUACAGAGCCUGGAAUCCCUUCCGAUCCAAACUGGCAGCUGCCAUCCUUGGGGGAGUUGACCAGAUCCACAUUAAGCCUGGUGUGCGAGUGAUGUACCUUGGAGCGGCUUCUGGGACUACAGUGUCUCACGUCUCUGAUAUUGUGGGGCCUGAAGGUUUAGUGUAUGCAGUGGAGUUCUCUCACAGGUCUGGCAGAGACCUCCUUAAUGUAGCCAAGAAAAGAACCAACAUCAUCCCCAUCAUUGAAGACGCCAGACACCCACAUAAGUACAGAAUGCUUGUUGGAAUGGUCGAUGUAAUCUUCGCUGAUGUGGCCCAGCCAGAUCAAACUAGGAUUGUUGCUAUUAAUGCACACAAUUUCCUAAAGAACGGUGGGCAUUUUGUAAUUUCAAUUAAGGCAAACUGCAUCGACUCCACGGCUGCUCCUGAGGCAGUCUUUGCAGCUGAGGUCAAGAAGAUGACGCAAGAAAAUAUGAAACCACAAGAACAGCUCACACUUGAACCUUAUGAACGAGACCACGCAGUUGUUGUUGGCGUCUAUCGGCCGCCACCCAAGCAAAAGAAGUGAUUUUUCACUUUGGUGAUACGUUGACUGAACUUGAAACUAAGGGAUGGACUUAAAAUAAUGGAAGGUGAAUUAAAACCCCAGUCAUACAGCCAGUCCCACAUAAUUUUAUUUUUAUUGUUUUUGUUUAUAUAUCUUUUUGGAGUUAUGAAUUUUUCAGUUCACUGGGUUGUUUUCUGUAUGUAAACAGUUAAUAUUGUAAAUGUUAAUUCAAACAUUUUGUACUAUUUUUGUUUUUAAUAUUUGUUUAUAAACUCUUUCAAACUUUAAA